UACCUAUCAUUCUGUUUCGUUAUCAACACAACAUGAGCAGCUUACAUUUGCAUAUGCAGCCUUGAGCCAGGAAGGAAAGGCCCUGGCAGCUCUGGGCCAGGCAGACCGUGAGGCCCUUCUUGAAGGCCUUCAGGCGGAGCGACAAGCCCUGGGGACUGAGAUUCUCGACGUUUCCAUGAUGGAGAAAGUGGGCAUGAAGUUCAAAGACAUUGCCGGUGUAGAGAUGAGUGAGGCCGAGGCCGUGCUGCUCAACUCCAAGAUUGAGCAAGCGGCGGCGGCGGUCGAGAAGGUGGGCUCGAUGGAGGCUAAAGCCCUCGCUUCUGCUGCCAAGAUUACGGUUUGGACCAAGGUGUUCAUCGCCAUCAAUGUCGUGGCCAUUGUUGGAUUGCUUGUUUGGGAUCAUUACAAGGAGAAGCAGAUCGCAGACGAGUUGCACGAGGCGAUCGCAAAGGUCGCCACUGCUCGCCUCUAUGCCCAAGUCGCAGAACGACAGGAAAUGGUACACACCGAUCAGAUGAGUUCGAUCAACAUGCUCUUGCAAGCGAUCCAGAAUGACAACAAGGCGGUCCAGGACUUCGUCAAGCAGAAUUUUGCGGACACGGUCACCAGGGCUUUGACUGCGAUCAGCGACGACAACACCUAUGAGAUGUUGGUUAAGGUGGAUGCGGACAGCCAGGCCGAUACGAGGGAGGAUCCGUGUCUCUGUGAGAUGAAGAAGAGAAAGCUCGAGGACGCUAAGAAGGCCUUGCCUUCGAGGCCGGUGAGUACCUAAGGUAACCAGCUGGUUGGCUCAUGUCAGAACUCCGGUACAGAUUGGACAAAGUCGGAUAAAGUAGGUAUUGAACAGGUAUAACAAACAGAACGAUACGGACAGUUAGUUGAGCAGCUCCCACAAUCAAAAGAUCAAAUGGAACACAUUGAUACACCCCCUCAUUUCCCUCAUUCCCCCCUCCCCCUUUCUCCC